CCCAGUUUGCCUGUCAAUUCUCAGUUUAAUUACAUCGAUGAAGUUUGAUUUGGAUCUUUUUGUUGAAGAAACAAAACUAUGUAAAUAUUUGUCUGAAAAUAAUCUCAGGAAACUUUGUCAACUUGUAUGUGAAAUAUUAAUUGAAGAACCAAAUGUGCAAGCUGUUAGCACUCCUGUGACAGUAUGUGGAGACAUACAUGGCCAAUAUUAUGAUCUUGAAGAAUUAUUUAGGAAAUCUGGUCAAAUCCCUGACACUAAGUAUAUAUUUCUGGGAGAUUUUGUAGAUAGAGGAUAUUACAGCCUAGAAACAAUGACCAAAUUAUUAGUAUUGAAAGCUAAAUGGCCCGAUAAGAUUGUUUUGUUGAGAGGGAACCAUGAAAGCAGACAAACAACAAAAAUCUAUGGAUUUUAUGAUGAAUGUUUAGCAAAAUACGGAAACGCUAACCCCUGGAAAUAUAUUACAAAUUUGUUCGACUAUUUGACCAUCGCAGCUGUUAUAGAUAACAAAAUCCUUUGUAUCCAUGGAGGAUUAUCUCCUUCAAUAAAAACAGUUGACCAAAUCCGAACCAUAAAAAGGUGCCAAGAAAUACCUCAACGAGGACCUUUCUGCGACAUUGUCUGGUCUGACCCUAAUGAACCUUGCUAUCCAGAAACAAACAUGAUGAAUAACGAUAUGAUGUAUGAUCAGGGGGGUAUGCAUGGGGGUGGUAAUGGAAAUCAUAAUUGGAGCUUAAGCCCCAGAGGAGCUGGCUGGCUUUUUGGCAAAAGAGUCACCCUCGAGUUCAUCCACAACAAUAAUUUGACGCUAAUCUGCAGGGCUCAUCAAUUAGUCAACGAAGGUUACAAAUAUAUAUUCGAUAACUCACUCGUUACCAUAUGGUCAGCGCCCAAUUAUUGUUACAGAUGCGGGAAUAUGGCAGCUGUAAUAAAAUUUGAAUCAGAUGGAAAACAGAUCCCCUUGAUUUUUGAAGCUGUUCCAGAAAAAGAACGAGAUAUACCCAAGCAGAGAUCUUUCCAAUAUUUUUUAUAAAAUGCUCACUGUUAUUUUAUGG